GCGUGUUCGCACACGUUCACGGGUCUGCGUUUUGAUUUGGUCUUCCCACUUUCCCAUAUUCUCCACCUGCCACACAUCCAUAUCCACAUUCAUUCAAAUUCUCCACUACUCUCUUCUUGCGGCUUUUUUUUUUUGGCAGCCGCAACACCGUUAUUGCACCGCGUGUGUGUGAGCCAGUGUGUGUGCUUGUGUGUGAAGGAUUCGAAAAACUACGCUUGGGAUUACUUCUUUUUAGGCUAUUUGGCGUUUCUCGGUUAAAUACAGAAUACGCUUUUUCCAUUUCCAAAAUCAUACAUUUUUUUAUAAAGCAUUUUUUAUUUUAUAGUUGGUUAUAAUGAUUUCCCGUAAACGUAGUUUGAUUUUGACAGGAUUUUGUUUGCUAGCAAAUUUGCAAAAAAUUGUGUGAUAAAAAAUAAUGAUUUUAGACAAGACCUUUUUUUUCGCGAAAUGAUAUUAGGGUAAAUUUCAGAGAAAAGCUUAUGGUGACCGGUGAUUUGUAAAACUUAACCAAAGUAACUGAAAAUAUAAUGGAUUUCUAAAGGUGUGAGUCCUGUAACUCUUAGGGCAGUUAAAAGAUUCAGAGAAAAAACUUUGUUCACAUAAGGAUUUUUCUUUGCGUGGGACUAAACAGAGAAUGCAGAGAAUUAAAUAAAAAGUUCGAACAUUUUGCCUCUUUUAAAAUAUUUUAAUUUUUUUAAGCACUCUUGUUACGGAAAUUAAUAAUGUGCAUCUUAAACCCAUUCACAUUUAGGGGCUAUCCGAAAGUAACAUCAAAAAUGACUUACUAAAAUGCUGAUAAAUGUUUUCAGAGUUCUUAUCAUAUUUUAAGGGAUACGGUUCAAUAUACGGAAUUAAGAAAAUAUCUAGAAUACAAUUUCGAAAAUUGUCAUUAGUUUUAGACAGAGUUCGUAGCCAAUGCAGUUUUGGAGAGAACCGAAUCUCUCCAGAAGUUGCAACUCCGCAGCGCCGGCGGUAACUCUCCCGCUGCCAACGCUACAGCUGGCGUCUCUGCCGACCGCGAUAGCGACGUUGACUGCGGGCAGAGCAGAACUGAAACUGAAACAUGGAAAUCGUGAAGAAAAGUCGAGUCGUGUCGAGAUCGAAGCGCCGAACGGAACGGAACGAACGGAGCUGAACGGAAGUGCAGUGCAAAGCGGAAACGGAAGUUGGAGCAGUAUUCCCACUUAGUGCUUGGCACGCACACACACCAGCUCGCGCGCACACACACACUCAACCGAACACGCACGCACACACACACGUGCGUUUGGCGGCGUUCCUCAUAAUAUUAUUUCUUAUAUUUUUCCAAACUUACAACGCGUGCAAGCGAUUGAUUUUUUUUGCAAAUUUUUUUAACGUGCUCUCUCUUUAUACAUUUAUAAAAAUACGAAAUAAAAACAAAAUAUAUGAAAUCAAAUGCAACGAAAAACAACCCUCAACAGCAGCGAGAACAACAACGUGCGGUGUUGUGUGUAAGCCUGCCGCAGAAAUCAAAUGAAAGUCCAACUGCAAAGUAAAGCUAAAAGAAAGUCGACAAAAGUGGCAAUAUGCAGUGCGUGUGCAUUGAAAAACCAGAUAUACAGCGGCCACAGGGUAUAGUACUUUGGACAAGUGAAAUAUCCCCCGAACGCCAGUGAAAAUCGGAGGAAAAACCAACGCCAACCAAGCAUUCGCAGACAACACCGGAAUCGCUGGGAAACCGGACAAAAUGCUUGGCAGCCAAAUUGGCUGCCUUUGAGGCUGAGUGAGUGGCUCAAGCACGGAGACCUUUUUUAAGACAAAAGCCUAGAGAAACUAAAAAAACUUUCGAAUUAUUACGAGAAUCUUCUAUAUUUGAAAUAUUUUCAAAUUCAAAUUUAAAUAACUUUAUUCUUAAUAAACUAAUUGAUAAUUAAUUACAUAAUAGUAAACAAAGCUCAAAUAGACUGAAAUAGAGUCCAAAUAUAUUACGAAAGUAAAAUGUAAUUAAUUCAACAUAUCAUAUAAAUUAAUUAGAACAAAUUGCAUUUAAGUUAUUAAAAAGCAAGAUCAACCAAAACAAAGCAAAACAAGCGUAUAAUUAAAAAAAAAAAAAAAACACAGGGCUGCAAAUCCAAUGAACAAAAGUCAAAAAUAAACACGAGAAGUCUCGAAAAUUAAGUGAACAAAAAUUAAAAAGCAGAUCAAAGUGCAAAAAGUGUGUGGUGGCUUCAUCGCGAAGAACAAAAACCCAUCUAAUACCGCAUAAUUCAUUUCUUUCAAAUACUCCGUUUAGUUCGCGUUUCAAUUCAAUUCAGUUUAAUAAAUUAAUAUGUUAAACCCAAAAGCCAGAAGAACGGCGACAUAAAUGGAUCAUCAAUCGUAGAGGCAGCCGAAAAGAAAUCAAGAUCGUCAAGUGUCUAUGAGGACAGCUGAAAGUAUUUUCUUUUUUUUUUUGGGGGGCGCGGCUCCAACUGCCCCACGCCGACGCACGCCUACAGGAGCAAGUGAGACGGCAGACAGAGCGACUGAGAGGGCGACAAAUGUGCAAGCGGCGGUGAGUGAGCGGAUUCGGAUUCGGUUUCCGGAUUCCGGGGGGCUGAGAAGGACGUAAAGGCGCUGAAGGACGCAGGAAGAAGGCCAUGGAUUGGUCCCGGUGGCAAAUGGCCAGAGAAAGAGCUGGCAACCCUGGACAAGUCAGGAACAACCCUGGGCGCAAGGAUUGCGAUCGCGAGACCCGAUUGGAGUGGUUGCCCAUUUGAUUCGUUGCGGCGUCACACGUAGGUUCUAUCAGUCAGUCAGUCAAUCAAUCAGUCAGUCAGUCAGUCACCCACUCAGUAAAUCAAUCGUGCCACAGUGCUCGGUUAUCGUUGUCCCCUACAUCAUCAGUAAAAAGCAGAAAUACAAUACCAAGCGAUCAAGACAUGCACAUUACUGUAAAUACGCCAAACUCAAAACUAGUUUCAUAAAAGUAAAAAACCAAAAACCAACAACCAAAACCGAAAAACCCAAUUGAGAAAGUGCAGUGCUCAGUGUUUACCGACAAAGGAAAAAGAGGCGGCGUGGAAUAUCGAGUGGGGAAACUUCGGAAGUGAGAGGGCGGCCGGGGGCUGCCCCGGAAAAGAAAAUCUUCAAGAUCAACAACAACGAAAUCAACCAGAAAAUCCACUGUAACAAGAGCAACAACAGCAUAACGCCCCCAACACUGCCAAUGACAUUGCCAUUAUCAAGAACAACGUUCGUUCAUCAUCGAUCGUUUAGAUUUGACACAAGGUUCUAUCACGCAAACUAAAGCCACAUCUUGUUGCGGACACCGUAAAGCAGUAUAUAAGUCGGGCCCAACGCACAACCAAAAAGGGUUCUCAAGAGCAGCAAAAUAUGGAGUUUUUACGAGGCGUCUAUGCGUUUAUGCAAGUGAGUAGAUCAUCGGUUGACUACAGCGGAAAUGGAUACGGAAGCGGCGAAUAUGAGGCAACCUUGACUACCCUGCCCAGCGACAACCCAGAGCCAACAGCGAUAAUCGGAAGCGGAAUCAACAUUCGAUCGAUAACUGAUAACGACAAGGAGGCCGAGGCAGCAGCAGCAAAAACAAGAGCUGGGGAAGCCGAAGUCCUUUGGCCAAACUCGUUAGACAGCUGUAAUAAUACUAGCUGUACCAGUACCAGUUCUAGUUCCAGAUCAGAUCCUGCCCAAAAAAUAAGAAUACCUGGUACAAAAAUAUCAACGAACAAACCCGAAGACAGUUGAGAGUGCGGCAGAAAUAAUGGGCAUCGGUGCCAGAUGCGGUGAAUUACGAGCAAGAACUAUGAACUACGAUCGAAUAAUGCUAACUAAUGUGAUAACUCGUAUGUACAUAUAGCCACGUAUAUAUCCAAGUAUAUAACAAAACAUAUUUACAAGCGAACUGCAAAACCAAAUCAAAGCAAAUCAAAAAUCAUAACGAAACGAAACAAAGCGUGAAACAAAAACCUAAAAUCAAAAAAUCUCUAAUCGUAAAACCAAAUAAAAACAGGGCAACUCGUGAAAAGGUGGCCUUAGCUUGUGCGACUGAAAAACCAAACCAAAUCAAUUCAUCGAUUAAUGAUAACCGAUAAGCAAUAAGCUGAUUAACGAAUCAGCGACUAAUCGAUUUAAAGCGAUACCCCUAAGUCGAAAUCACGAACGAUCUCAACGCAAGAGGCGGCAGCGGCGAUAACAUAUAUCGAUAGCCGAUAGACUGGCUCUGAACCACUGCUGGCGGUGUGUGUGUGUGUGCGCGUGUGUGUGCGGUGCCGCCCACGCCCAUCCAUCCCCACCCCCGCCAAAAGCAAAGUGAUAGAAAAUGGUGUCUCAUGUCAAAAUCGAUUCACCUGUUUUUCGCCUGCACACCAACGCAACGGUUAUAUUACUGAUCACAUUCUCGAUUGCUGUGACGACGCGCCAGUACGUAGGAAAUCCCAUAGACUGUGUACAUACAAGAGACAUUCCCGAAGAUGUUCUCAACACAUAUUGUUGGAUACACUCAACGUAUACAGUGGUCGAUGCGUUUAUGAAGAAGCAAGGUUCCGAGGUGCCUUUUCCCGGAGUUCACAAUUCACAGGGCCGCGGGCCUCUUACAAUAAAGCACACAAAAUAUUAUCAAUGGGUAGCGUUUACACUAUUUUUUCAGGCAAUCUUAUUUUAUACACCAAGAUGGCUGUGGAAAUCUUGGGAGGGUGGCAAGAUUCAUGCGCUCAUCAUGGACUUAGACAUAGGCAUUUGUUCCGAAGCCGAGAAAAAACAAAAAAAGAAAUUACUUUUAGAUUAUUUGUGGGAAAAUUUAAGAUAUCACAAUUGGUGGGCGUACAGAUAUUACGUGUGUGAGCUGCUCGCCCUUAUAAAUGUGAUAGGUCAAAUGUUUCUUAUGAAUCGAUUUUUCGAUGGCGAAUUUAUGACAUUUGGCCUGAAAGUGAUAGAUUAUAUGGAGACCGAUCAGGAAGAUCGCAUGGAUCCGAUGAUUUACAUAUUUCCCAGAAUGACCAAAUGUACAUUUUUUAAAUAUGGUUCAAGUGGGGAGGUGGAGAAACACGACGCCAUUUGCAUUUUACCAUUAAACGUUGUUAAUGAGAAGAUUUACAUUUUCCUUUGGUUUUGGUUUAUAUUAUUAACGUUUCUCACAUUAUUAACGCUAAUAUACAGGGUGGUUAUUAUAUUCUCUCCUCGAAUGAGGGUCUACUUAUUUCGUAUGCGAUUUAGGUUAGUGCGUCGUGACGCUAUUGAAAUAAUCGUUCGUCGUUCGAAGAUGGGCGAUUGGUUUUUGUUGUAUUUACUAGGUGAAAACAUAGAUACAGUUAUAUUUCGUGAUGUUGUACAGGACUUAGCGAAUCGUUUAGGACAUAACCAACACCACAGGGUGCCUGGCUUAAAAGGUGAAAUACAGGAUGCAUGAUAUUGGGAGUAUUAGAAACAAUACAAAAUGCAAUUUGUCGUCUCCAUUUAAAAACCAUCGAAUUCAACAACAAAAAUGUCGAAAGCAAGAAUAAUAUUAUGAAAGGACAAUUACAACCACAAAGGAAUCUAGAGAUCUUUGCAGCAGCCGCUUCAUUAAAACUUACAACUCAACACACCGCUAAAAAAUCUUUAAAAAACGUAUCUCAAAAAUACAACCAAAAAAACUAUCGUCAGCUCGCAGUCAGUCAUAAAUCAGCAUUAUCAACCAUGGAGACUAAGUCUAUCGAUAGUCGGUACAAACACAUUCAAAACCACAGGACAUAGAAUACAGCAUAGAAAAAUGGAAGCGGAAUGAAAGCAUGGAGAAAUAUGGAAAAAUAGGGAAGCAUUAACAGCCACGCAACGAAAGGAAUUACUACAAAUUCAAUACCAAUCAAUUAAAGUAACGUAAAUGAGAAAACGGAUAUCGAAUAAUCAAGAGAUCAAAAAUGGAAGUCCUGGGACUUCCGGACAGGACACCCAAGCCGGUGGCAAGUAGCGCCUGCCGUCGGCCAGGGGUCACAAGGUCACAAGUCACAAGGGAUCGCUUGGAAAAUUAGCGAUCAGCGACCCAUAGAAGUGUUGCCCCAAGGACAAGAUCAAAGUGUGAGGAGAACAGCAAAUGGACAGCACCGGAAACGGAAAACAACAGACGAAUACGCACACACACACAGACGACGCCACACAUACGCUUACAGCGAAAUCACUCAUACGCCCCGUAGAACACAUCGCACUUUGCUUGUCAUGCAGCGUUAACUAAACCAAACAUCAACAAAGUCGAGACGACGCCCGCGGAAAAUUGCAUUUCUGUAUUAACCCCAAGAGAAUAGAAGAGGAAGAUUCGAAAAUCAGCAUCACUUUCACCGAGGAAGAGCAGGAGUACCAUACAAACGCGAUGCUAAAACAACGCAACAAGACGGGGAAAGAAAAGCCGCCCCGCUUUGAAAAUGCAGCAAAUGAAAGUCAAGAAAAUCGCAAGUGGAAAUCGCAGAGGAGAGUAACAGUUUAAUUAAAUUAAAUUCAAUUCAAUUAAAUUAAAUUACUUAUUACAAUGAUAUCUUGAAGUGUUCAUGUAUUCGAAAGUAGGUUAACUAAGUCAAGCAUACAAGUAAUUCUACAUAUAUGUAUAAUAUAUAUAUUAUAUAUAUACACAUAUAUAUAUAUAUAUAUAUAUAUAUAUAUAUAAACAAUUUUUUUUUAACUCUAAGCAUUUGUAUUACCCGCUAAACAAAUGAACAACAAACCAAAACGAAAAAAAAACUAGAAAAAACAACCAAAAAAAAGCAAACUGAAAACAGAAUUUUUUUGUAUACAGAAAUGAAUGAAAAUUGAAACCCGAAAUGAGCAGAUAGCGAAAUAAUGAUAAAGAAAAUUAAAGAGUAAAACCUAAAACCGAGACGAAACGAACAGAAAAUAUCAGUAAAUAUCAAAGAAAGUUCAGAAAAUACCAUACCGAAAACCGAAACAAAAGAUACAUUUACAUAGUUUAAUUAGAAGAAACUAUAGCGCGCAUCAUUAUAUAACCGAAAAACUGAAAAACCGACCGAACAGAACGUUACUCCCAACUUACAAAGACAAACAGACAGACGGAAACGAAAAUGUUUUAAGCUCACUCACAGUUACACACACUCACAACACAACACACACACACGUAUAUAGCAUGUAAAGCAUAUAUAAAUAUAUAUAAUUAUCAAUCGAUCAUUCAGUAAAGGAGAGCAGCCAACAUUCGCAUCAUAAAACAAUUAACUCCUCUAAUAAUAGAGCAUACUCAACUCUGUGUCUCUCUACGAAAAAUACGCCUAGUACUCAAGCGGUACUCAAUGCGAAAAUAACCCAGGAAAAACGGGCGGCACACUCACGCUUUGUCACAUGAAUCAAGUGUAAACGCAACGAUAAUAACUUUAUAAUACCGCUAGCGAAUUAAGUCCUAAACAAGAGGGUACAGUUCGGGAGUUCGACAAUUCCCCCAGGCAUUGCAGGUGGUCCUACAGUAAACGCCUUCUAUGACAAACAUCGCCCCCUUCGAAAAAUAGUCACCCAUCCACGAGUUCAUCAUCAUGUGCUACAAAUCGUAAUAUCCGUCCAAAAAACCUUUUGAAGCGCACCUCCCGCUCUCUAACUACAAUCUCUUCUUCUUUUUCGGGUCCCGAUCCUUGAUCCAGGGUCCUUCCGACUUCCGCCAUCCGCAACACCCACUCCCAAGCCCCCAAGAAAUGGACCAAAGAACCAGUUACACAGAUGCCUCAAAAGUUUUUCCCCUCCCCGUCGCAUUUUCCCAUCUCUUGAAGGACGACCAAGAAAAACAAAUACACAGCCAGAAAAAGCCAAGCCAGAGAUGCAAAUCUAACAACAAAUGUCACUGCCAACAAAAACAGUAAUUGUAAAAUCAAGUUUAAAUAGUUAAAGACCAUACAUAUAUGAAACGAAAUGGGGACCUGAUAUGAAAUGGAAGGUAUUUCCGUAGGGCUAGCACUGCAAUGCCGAAAGUAGUUACAAGAAAGCAAAAGGAAUUAAAACCCGAUGAUUGUUCCUUGUCACAGAAUCAGGAAUUGCCGAUGUGGACCUGCUCAAAACCUCACUCCUUUCGGGAAUUCAUUUCGGAUUUAGAUCACCUAAUUUGAGUGUUUUUUCCGUCUACUCACACUACUCAGUAUACUCAAAGACGCAUUAAAAUUUAGAGGGAGGAGAAAGUGGGUGUAAGGUUGAAGCGAAAAAACAAUAAAUGUAACAAUAAAUGGUAAUAAGUAAUUUUAGCGUAUUUUUUUUAACAGCUUAUAGCCAACUAAGUGAAGUAAUUGUAAUUCUAGUUCAAACUGAACCAUUUUUGUCUGCGUUUUUUUUUUUUUGUCGUGGAUUCGUAGGUUAAGCCCCACACACACACUUAUAGCCACACAAAACGCAACCACAAACAUGGUAAACGAAAAGCAAAUGUAUAAAUAUCGAGGAUACAUACACUGUAAUUAAGGUGGACGAAUAAGAAGGAAUACCAUACCAAAACGUAAGCAUAUUACAAGGAAAUUGCCAUUAGUCGAUAGUGUUAAAGCGAUACGUAUAUGAUCUACAUGCUAGGCUAACAAAAAGCAAACAAACGAAAGAAAUAAUGGAAGGAAUACUUAGUGUAGCUCAAGAUGGAAUCUCUCGUAUCUCGUAAUUCGUAACUCCAACUAAAAGCAAUUGUAAAAUAUCGUAAUAGAUCUAGGGGCGAUCGAACAAACAAACAAAAGCAAAGCAAACGAACAAUACGCAAGACUUUAUUUUAAAAAGUAUUUGCCGCAAUAUUAGGUCGAAGAGUUCGAAUUGUACUAGCUGAAUCUAGAAAAUAAGAAGAACAUUUCAUAGACGCAAUCCUAGAAGCAAUAAGCACACCCGGAAAAGGAAAUUAAAGUUAGAACGGAAACGGAAUCAGGCAGAGCUAACGGUAACAACGAUGACUCUUCACCACGUUUCCCCACCUCCGGUACAAUUCUGUCCACUUCUCACCACACAUCACUGCACUUUUCUUGCUCUCUCUCUCUCUUACACCCUUUUUGCAUCUCUUUUCCACUGAAAGAAUAUGUUAACUAUUCUUUCACUAAGUAGCCUGUUUCCUCUUAAAGAAAAAGCAACAAAAUGCACGCAUGCCAAAUAUCAGUUUUAUCAGUGCAUUUCACAUUUAUGGAGAACGUAAGUUUCAAGUGUGGGCACUUGUGUUUUACACGUUUUACAAACAUCUCAACAUGUGAUAGUGGAGACAGGCUCUACUUUGUAUAUCCCAUUUAAGAGAAUCUGAAUCCGUAAGAAUAAUUCAAAAUUCUGUUGAAUCAUCCUUUUUUUCAAGUGAUUAAUGUUUGUGUUCGUUUGUUAAUUUGUUUGUCUGUUUGUUUGUUCCCGGCCUGAAAUUGGUUUCUGCCAUAUUGUUUGUGUAUAGUAAUUAUGUUUUUUUUGGUGGCUAAGUUAAGGUUUUAGUUCUUCUACCAUACUUUCUCACUGAUUUUUUCAUACGUGCAAUAAAAAAGAGACUUGUAUACAUAUCAUUGUUUUUUUGGUUUAAUUUUGGGGCUACAUUUCAGAUUCUCCACCCACCUGUUCCUCUCUUCCCUUCUCACCCCUCUGCUCUUAUCCCCUUCACUAUUUAUCUGUCUCUUUCUUAGCACCCGCUCAAUUGAAAGCGACCAAGAAAGUCAAUUUCUCACGGCUCAAAAACGCAAUAAAAACUGAACCUUGAAAUCUAACGAACUAAAGCAACAAUUAGUGAAGCAUAUUGGUGAAAUACUCGUAACUUAUAUUUUAAAUCGAAUUAGUGAGUGAUUAGCGCAACGGUAACGAUAAAAAAAAAAACAAUUUAGUUGAAUUCCCUAGCAGAAUCGAAUCGAAUAGUGAGAACUUUUUAUUAGGAAGCGAAAGCGUUUUUUAAUUGUAUAUUAAUCGAAUCAAAAUUGUAAAGAUCAAAUAAAAAAUAACGAAUAUUGCAUACAAAUUGAAACUGCCAAUUCACAUUCUCAGACAAAUUUUUACGAAGCUAAAGCUAAAACCAAAACCAAAACUUAAGAACAUCCAAUUAAUAGCACUAAGCGAAAAUAUACAAAAUUGCUGAAAAUUACCGAAAAGCGAAACCAAGCUGAAGAAUCGCAAAAUCGAACUCGUAUCUAGAUCAUUUAACUAGGCCCACGACUUUAACCCUCCUUCGUUUCGGUAUCUCCCGAUUCUCGAUUUCGAUAGCCAAUAUAUCCGAUGGUCGUCACUUGAUUAACCAUAUCGGAUUGCGGUUCAGGAUUACUUUAGGCACUUAGCGUAUAUAUAAAUUUGUGUGUGUGUGAACAAAUAGCAGACAAUAAUUAGUGAGGGAACUUUUUAGGCGAGAUCGAAGGACCAGGACUGAAAUGACGAGGGAAAAUAAGUUUUCCUGGACUAAGUGGGCGUGGCUUUCACAAGCAGCUAAUUUAUUGUCUUCCAGCGUACAUAUUUCACUAUUUUAGUCAAGAUACUUUGUUUCCCCAACUGGAAUAACGUUGCAGCUUAAAUGUGAUUAAAUUCUGAUUUUUAAUCGUUUUUCGUUUUUGUCAAAGUUUUCUAUACUAUUGGCCACGCCCCAAGAUCUCAAAGGCUUGAAAAUGAUAGAAAGAGAUUUAUUUCGUUGGUGGCCCAGAGUUCAGCAGCAAAAUUAGCGAUCCGCAUUUGAUGGAGUGUAUAGGAAAACUGCCUUAAAGAUUUUCUAGUGAGACCGAUCGAUAAGCCAGCAAACCGUGUAUAUAUUUAUUACAUAGAGGCCGAGUCGGUGAGAAUUUUUUUUACUAAAUACAAUUUACGAGUAAGUAUAACUUUUAACACAAAUCAAUACGAUCUGUACAUAGUCGACAUACAAACAUACAAAAAACACCCUGCAUAUAUAUAUUAAUAUGUAUACAAACAAGCAUAUACAUACCUAUAUAUAAAGUGUUUUACAACAACGUGGAUUAGUUGGUAACCGUAGAGCGAGACAUUCUUAGCAAAAUUACACCUAAGUUUUCCAGAUUCAGAUGACUUUUUAACCAGACAAAGGUAGACAAAUUGUGAAAUUAUUAAAUUAUGUAGAAAAGCAGUCAGAGUAAUAAACUAUUUGUAUUUCAACUUGUUUUCCAGGAGAUCCUAAGUUUAGUAAAACGUAAUAUAAUGUAAAUGAUAAAACGAAACGAACGUAUGUAAAAUAAUUGCAUAAAUAAUUUGAAAUAUAUUCGCCGAUUGCCUUCAACUAGAGGAAUUUUGAUUACACUUAAUAACAAAUACUAAAUAUUUAAUAAUAAUUGAAUAAUGCAUUGAAUAUUUAUACAAAACAAAAGGCAAAAGCAACUAUUAAUAUAUGGAAGAGUGGGUAGAAGAGGUCGAGAAGAAAGACGCAGAAGGUCAGGCGCAUACAGAAAAGAACAAAUCUACACAAAAAUGAAAUUCAAAAAGAACUGAAGUAAAAACAAAGAUUUUAAAGCAGUAACAAAUGGCAAACAAAAGAGAACAAACGAAAAAAUAAAAAAAUCAAGAUAAAGCAUUCAUAUUUGUACACUAAAGAUCCGUUAAGGACUACGCAACUUAUACACGCAAUAUUAGACUAAACCGACUUCGAUAACCAAUAACCGAUAGAUUUCCCCCAGCCCCCAGCACAGAAGAAAUGAGAGGGUUUCCGAAAAAUCCCCAUCUUCAGCUGCAUCAAUUUGAUUAAUAUUUUUUUUUUAACUAGAGACACUCGCACAUAUCCAAUGAAAGACGUCGAUUACUUUCCAUUCCCAUUCCUAUCGAAAGACCACCACCCCUAGAUACGCACACCCCCAAGAAUCUAAUACGAAAACGAAAUCGAUGGCUGAAUCGAGAUCACAACCACAAUUACGAUAACUAUUACAAUGGCCACCAUAACCACAGAUGCACAACCACUGGAGCGAAGGACAUGCGAAUUAAGAAGACGGAUGUAGAAGCUGAGAGGAGUAGAUCGAAUCUAGUGAAUAAUUUAAGGCGUUAAGCGUACUUCUAGUUUGUAUGUCUUAUAUACACGCAGAUAUAUCUAGGUAUAUGGAAAUAGCAUAAUUAUACAGAUAUACAGACCUAUGAAUAAAUCAGAUAACGCAUACAACUAGCUAGUGGAUCGAUGUCGAGUGUAAGUCGCUGAAUAUCGAUAGUAAUCGAUCCAAAUCGAUAGAGAUUUAGUAGAUCCAAUCUUUUUUUUGUACUUGUACUUGUAUGGUAAAUGCUAAAGGUAAAGGUAAACGGUAACGAUAAACGGUAAUGGACAUUUAACUAGUUAUAACGUGCAGUUAUCGUAAUUUAUGAUUAUCGAUUAUUGAGUCUUGAGUACGAUUAUUACGAACGUUUAAUUUUGUUAAUACGAAAACAAAACGCGAGCAUGGUUAAUAAAGCUUUAAUUUGAAGCUAUAUAGGUAUAUAUAUAUACGCAAAUACAUAUAUAUAUAUACCCACACACUAACACACACCCGACGCAAUACACAGAAAUAGACACAUACAGACAAGGAAACGUCCUCAGUUUAUAAAUUUUGAAAUGAGUGACACGGCAAACUUGAAACGAAACGAACGAAACGAAACACGUAGGCAGUACGGAUUAGGUCUUAAGGCCCCAUAUAAGUAAUAUACAAUUUAAAUUAUUUAAAAAUCAAUUUAUUAUUGAUGGCAAACGGAAGCGAAAGCGGAACGAUGGCGAUAGCGAUAGUGAUGACGAUAACGACAGCGAGAGGGGAGAGCCAGGCAGUAUAGAUCGGAGCCGCGAACAUAUACAUGUGAUCAUAUAUCCGAUAUCCGUCGAUAUAUAUGCACGUCCGAUAUAUGCGCACGUGCCCCGAUCGC